AAACUAAACAGAUAUCAUAAUGAGGGAUCCACCUAUAUAAUUAAUUAUCAUUAAGAGACGGAUUAUGCCUCAUUAAUCAAAACCCUAAUAUUUCUUCUUCUUCUGCUUAAGACGGCAUGCCUCGUACGAUCAUCACUUGGCUCGUGGCGAUGGCAACAAUGGUGUCGGCAUCCAAUCAGGUGGAAAUGAAUUAUUUGUGUGAGGAAGUGUUUGAAAACUUCGCACCGUGCAUGGGUUUCGUAGAGGGAAUAUUCCGGCGACCGUCGCCGGAGUGUUGCGGAGGAGUAAAGCGCCUGAACAAGCUCGCCAAGGCCACGGAAGUCGGGGAAAAGGGGAAUAACGUGGAGAGAGUGUGUGAAUGCAUAGAGAUAAUGGGGAGAGCUCAGCAUCUGCCGUUCCUCGGGAGCUCCAUCUCAGACCUUCCCUCCAUGUGCUCUCUUCAUCUUAGCUUCCCCGUUUCCGUCGCCAUGGACUGCUCUCGAUUUAGAAAUAAAAAAUAUUAUUGAGGUUGGUGACCAAAUCAGCAUAAAAGGCCAACGAAGGGUUGGUUUACAAAAGACAUUCCGGUCAAUUUGUCCUUCUACAAGCAUAUAUAAUAUAUAUUUAAAUGGGUGCAUUCAUCAACCCUAAAUUACAUCGAUCGAUAUCGAUUGCCCCGAGUGUUGUGUGCCUCUUACUAAAAAUAAAAUGAAUGAUAUGUGCAUGAUUAUAUUGGUG